AUGAGUAGGCCGUGGAUUGAGCUUUACGACCCAGACGAGCAGAGCGCCGACUACACCAAGAAACUCAUAAACAUGGGAGCAGUGAUCGUGGGCAAAACAAAAACCACCUCUUUCGCAUCCCCUGAAGAACCAACAGACCAAGACGGCUACCAGAGCCCAUCGAGCAGCUCAACAGGAGCUGCUACUUCUCUAGAGGGUUAUGAAUGGCAGGAUUUCUCUAUUGCGGACUCUGCUGGUAGUGUCAGGGCACCGGCGCCUUGCAACGGCCUGUUCUCCUUUCGAUCUAGCUUCGGUUCGACAUCGAUGAAUGGGAUACCAGUCAACUCACCGGCCUUUGAUACCGUCGGCCAGUUUGAUCGCAGCUUGGAUGAUCUUCACUCUAUUGUGUCACACACCUUUGAGAAUAUUCACCAGACCUUCUCUGAAUUCCCGACCAAGAUACUCUAUCCCAGAGGAUUCUACCUCUUGGCCAACGCAGAGCAACAGGCUAUGACGGAGGAGUUUGUCAAAAUACUCGAAGAGUUUCUGGGUGUCGAGAGAACGCCUUUCAGCUUUGUUGCGGAAUGGGAGAAGAAUCCUCCUCAGGCAGCUGGGGGUCUUCCAUUGCUGGGAUACACUGAAAAGAGCGCCCUUUUCUCAUUGUGCUACGACUACUAUCAUGGGUUCGACAGCUUACGUGACGAAUAUAGCGCCAAGUUCGGCAAGAAACCGGAUGUUGGAGAAGAGGUUACCUCCAAGGAGUACGAGGCAUAUAUGAAACAACUGGAGGUGUUCAGAAUCUGGCUCACCGAGAACGCCAUGGGCCCUGAUUCAAAGAGUAUUUCCAACGCCAUCCUCAUUAUGCCCUACGGAGAACCCCAUACAGAGUAUCCCGAUGAGGCGAACCCACCUGCUGGGAAAUUCCCUACUAUCACAGAGAAGUUCACCUCACCCAUACUACAUGCUCCUCAGCUCGUACUACCAUUUGCUCAGAUACCGUACCUCUCAAAGGUCAGUGGAAGACCCGAGAUGCGACCCAUUGAUAGCACUAUGAUCGGAGCCAAAGGCAGUAAUCUAAUGCUCAUCAAGCUUGCCACCGAGGCGUUCAAAAAGGCCGGGUGGCCUACAGGUGUCCAGACGGGUCGCUAUGUGUACCCCGUUGCUGACAAUGCGAGGAAUGUUGGCUCAGUGCACCCGUGA